UGCCCCAGCCGGACCCAUUCUGGCCAACCCCCAGCCUGGGCCAUCGCUCGAUCCCUGGGCCUGACUGAAGGCACCAGGCCUAGGGGCGCCUGUUCUCAGCAUCUUCCCGCGGGGGCUGCUGGGGGCGAGAUACGGGGAGGGGGGACAACAGCCAAGCGCCUAAGCUACGGCCUCUGCCGGGGUGGGGGUGCAAGGAGACUGGGAGGGACUGACCUUAGGAGGCCGGACCUUAAGGAUCUCAGAGGGAAAGGGCCGGGGUGGGGGAGUCCAGCGCCCAGCCGGGGCCCAACCGGGUGGGGGCGACCAGAGGUGGGGGGGACCGGCCCACGGACUUCCUCGUCGGGCCCCGCCCCGCCCCCGCGCCCCGCCCCGCCGGCCGGCCCGCCCCCCCCACUUCCUCCGGCCUCCCGCUCUCACUUCCUUCUCGAGCCCGGAGCUGCUGCCGCCGCCCCCAGCUCCCCCGCGGCGGGGAGGGCACCAGGUCAGUGCAUCCAUAGGGGCCCAGAAGGGGAAGGAGGCAUAGCCUCCCCCGCAGCAGCUGCACCCACCAUGCAGAGCAUCAAGUGUGUGGUGGUGGGCGAUGGGGCUGUGGGCAAGACGUGCCUGCUCAUCUGCUACACAACCAACGCCUUCCCCAAGGAGUACAUCCCCACAGUGUUCGACAAUUAUAGCGCCCAGAGUGCAGUUGACGGGCGCACGGUGAACCUGAACCUGUGGGACACAGCGGGCCAGGAGGAGUACGACCGCCUCCGCACACUCUCCUACCCUCAGACCAACGUGUUUGUCAUCUGUUUCUCCAUUGCCAGCCCGCCCUCCUAUGAGAAUGUGCGGCACAAGUGGCAUCCCGAGGUAUGCCACCACUGCCCUGAUGUGCCCAUCCUCCUGGUGGGCACCAAGAAGGACCUGAGAGCCCAGCCUGACACCCUGCGGCGCCUGAAGGAGCAGGGCCAGGCACCCAUCACACCGCAGCAGGGCCAGGCGCUGGCCAAGCAGAUCCACGCUGUGCGCUACCUCGAGUGCUCAGCCCUGCAGCAGGACGGCGUCAAAGAAGUGUUUGCUGAGGCUGUCCGGGCCGUGCUCAACCCCACGCCUGUCAAGCGUGGGCGGUCCUGCGUCCUCUUGUGACCCUGGCACUCAGCUUGGAGGCUGCCCCUGCUCCCCCACCAGUUGUGCCUUUGUGCCUUGGCGCCUUGUCUGCCCCCAGCUGUGCCUUAAGGACUAAUUCUGGCACCCCUUGCCAAGGGGGCUCCCCAAAUGCCUUUUUAUCCUUAAGGAGGCCCACAGGGAAACGGGGUCUGGGCCUUGCCCCACUCUGCUUGGGAACACCAGGUAGUCUCGAGAGCUCACCCAGGCCAAGGUCGGACCCCUCCCCAAGAAGCCAGCCCAGUGCCUCCUGCCCACUUUCCCCUACUGACCAAUUGAUCCAGCUUUCCACACAGAUGUUGCUGCCUAUUGUGGUGCCUUCUCUCAGGUUAGGAGCUCUCAGCCAUCCCUAACCGCUCCCUCGCUGCUCCUCAAACUGCUGCCCCCUCAAGAUGCUCUCUCCCUUCCCCGGAGAAGGAGCCUCAGAAUCCUAAGAAGAUGAAUGUGCCCUAAUCUACCCCCCUGUGCCCAGGCCUUAUGCAUCCGCUGACUGACUCAGCCCCACCCCCACCCCCUCCAGGCUCCUGGGGGCCCCUCCUACCCCCAUCCGCAUCAAUAAAACCUCCUGUCUCCAGUG